GUCUCCCCCUUUAUUCUCCUCACCACGCCACACUCUACUUCCCUGUUCUCUUCUCUCCUCUCUUGCCAUGGACAAUUGUGAAGAAUACACAAACUAUUGGGAAACCAAAUACUUUUAUGAAAACGAAGAAUAUGGUUGGGCGAUGGAUGAGUUCUCCGGUUACUAUGAUUCAAGUUCGCCGGAUGGAGCCGCCUCUUCCACCACAUCUAAGAACAUUGUUUCCGAGCGAAAUCGCCGGAGGAAGCUUAACGAACGGCUCUUUGCUCUCAGAGCUGUCGUCCCUAACAUCAGCAAGAUGGAUAAGGCUUCGAUAAUCAAAGAUGCAAUCGAUUACAUCCAAGAGUUGCAUGAACAGGAAAAGCGAAUUCAAGCUGAGCUAAGGGAGCUGGAAUCCGGAAAAUCGAACAGAAAUCCAGCUAAUUACGACAUUUUCGAUCAAGAACUGCCGGUUCUUUUGAGAUCGAAGAAGACGAAGGUCGAUAACUUUUACGAUUCCGGUGGAUCAAGAGCCUCUCCGAUUGAAGUCCUUGAAAUGAAGGUGACGGAAAUGGGAGAAAAGACGGUGGUGGUGAGCAUAACUUGCAGCAGAAGAACAGACACGAUGGUGAAGCUGUGUCAGGUGUUUGAAUCUUUGAAGAUCAAAAUCAUUACUGCCAAUAUUACGUCCGUAUCGGGGAGGGUUUUGAAAACCGUCUUUAUCGAGGCAGAUGAGAAGGGGAAAGAUCUAGAUGAGUUGAAGGGACAAAUAGAAGCAGCCAUUGUAGCUCUUAACGACCCGCAAAGUCCCAUGAGCAUGUAGUAGUCAUUUUAGGUAGUGAGCACGGCCUUCUAAGCAAUCUCCUUGUUUGUUGUCUCUUUCAGCUCGUCUCUUGCCCAUUCCAAUUUCUUGCAUGCUGUCAACUUUGUCUCUUUCAGUAAUGUCGUAUAUAGAGCUUGUCUUGCCACUUGAAUUUUAAUUUUAAUAAUAAUUGGCAUUUUCC